GGACUGAAGGAGAUAUCCUCGCUUGCCUCCUGGACCGUCAGCACCAGCAAGCCUGGCUGCGGUGUUGCUGCCCUCCGUCACCCAUCUUCCUCACUCUUCUGGCAGAGUGAUGGCCCUCAGCCCCACCUCCUCACCGUACACUUCUUCAAACAAGUCGCCGUUGCCCACAUUCGCAUCUAUCUCGACUUUGAGAACGACGAGAGCUACACGCCCACCCGCAUGCAAUUCUGGGCCGGCACUGGCCUCCACGACCUCAUAGAGUUUGCAGACAUGCAGUUUGAGCAGCCUCGCGGAUGGAUACCCGACCUCGACUCCAUCGACUGGAGCAAGAGACCUCUGCUCCGCUGCUUCAUUCUCCAAGUACGCAUCCUCGAGAACCAUCAGAACGGCAAGGACACCCAUCUUCGUGGCCUGCAAAUAUUUGCUCGCGAUGAGAGAGCCGAGGAGGACACUGGCCUGAUGGAGGAUGAUGGUGAAGCCAAGGAGGGUGCGCAUGCCGAUAGAUUGGAUAUGCCCGUCCGCUCCAAGGAGAAGCGCAAACGCUCCGAGGGCUUGCCCAAGCUCAAGAAGGCCUCGUUUAUGAUGGAGCCCGAAUUGAGAUGA